CCCCUCCCGGAGCUCGCAUUCCGCAGGGGCCUACCCUUGGGGGGCGCCGAUGCGGGCCCCCCGAGAGGGCCGAUCACUCGGCGGCAAGUCUUCCUUUGGACACCGCGCGCGGGCGCCGCGCACGGCCGCCCGCGCCGCGCAGACCAUCGGCUACGCGCUCUCCGUGCAGAUGGACUUCACGGCCCACUCGAGGAUGGGGGGACAGCUUGGCCUCCGCGACACGCUCGACCCGCCGGACGAUCUCCGGGACUGGUACGAGCGGAUUUUCGAGUCCACCGUUGCGCUGGAGAAACGCCUCGGCAACUCUGCGAUCCCCAUGGACAUCUUGCGCGAGUCGUACUUGUCGUUCUACACGGCCGACCACGUGAGGGUGGGGAGAAUUGCCAUGGACUUGCCGCGGAGCCCUCUGGACCCAAGGAGCGCUGGCGACCCGUUCGACCGCGGCCUGGAGACCUCAUGGAGCGGGGCCGCGUGCGCGCUGCUCGGCCAGGACGUCGUCCGGGGCCUCGGCGAAGGCGAGACGAUGCUCCGCUCCUUUCAGCAGUGGGACGCCGCCGCCUACUACGCCGACAGCCCCGACGCCGACGCGGUGUACACGCGGCACUCUGCCGUGCUGGACCCAGAGGAGCUCUGGACUUCGAGCUUCCACAGGGACUUCACCAUGCCGGAGUCAGAGGUGAAGUCGUUGGACCCGCGGGCGAGGAUGCUGUUCAGGUGCGUCAGCAAGUUCAUCGCGACCCAUGGAGCUGAGUUCGAGGGCGAAGACCUAGGCG